CUCUUCGCUUGCAAAGAAGUUCAAAACUCAAAAUUAACAAAAUGUUCAAAUUGUUCGCUGUCUGCUUCUUGGCUGUCUUCGCUGUUGCCUUCGGUGCUGCUAAACCCGGUCUCUUGACUGCCCCAUUGGCUUACUCUGCACCAUUAGCUGCUGCUCCAGUUGCCGCUGCCUAUGCCGCUCCAUUCGCCGCUGCUUACUCCGCCCCUCUCGCCUACCCCGCAGGAUAUGCAGGUUACGUCGCACCCUACGCCAGCAGCUACUCAGCUCAUUCGAUUGCCCAUUCCGCUGCUUUCCCAGCUGCUUAUGCCGCUGCUCCAGUAAUCGCCGCCCCAGCGCCCGUGGUCGCUGCUGCCCCAGCUGUUGCUGUACUGCGCAAAUAAGCUUGAAAUAGGUGAAAUUUUAUAUUUGAGUCUGUGAUGAAAUUGAAAUUGAAAAUACGAUAUUACUAAAUUGCGUAUGUGAUAAUAUAAACUAAA